AUGCUGUGGGAGAGAGGAAUAAUUCCGGAAUAUGAAGGUCAGUUUCGAAACUAAAGGAAAACAUUGAGGCUCUCUGAUCCAUAACGCUCUUAGAUGACCUAGCUUAGUCAUGACAAUAUUCGUAUGUCAUCUUUUUUAGGGAAAUACAAGAAUUCUCCUCCAGUUUCUCUCGAUCUUUUACAAUUUGAAUCGUUCCAGCAGAAGAUUUUUGAAAAUUAAAUUUGAUGAUCUCAGGGUUAUCGACAAUCAUCAACUGCCGGAAUGCUUUAGCUUUGGAGGUCAUACCGCGGUAACUUCACCAGAGGUCCUGGAACCCCAAUUCUAAUCCUAACACCUUCAGUGGCACCAUCUCCGGUACUUGAAGGCCCCGAAAUUAAGCCGAGAGCUUCAGAUGGGUCUUCCUAAGUGGUCUUAGCGUUCUGCAUUUUGAAUACUGAAUGCCCGCCAAUUUGACUUCUUAUUGUAUGCAUAAAUUAUGAUCAUUACAAGGCUAAUAACCGUUUCAAAAGUGAUCAGUUGAAUAUAUUUUACGCCUCGAACACCUGAAAGGUUAUAAGCGCCUAAAUUAAAAAAGCCUUCAAGGGAACCGUGCGCCAAAAAAACUGCUCAAGUUAUGGUGUUGAUCUACAAACCUAAAAAGAAAUUUUACAAGCUUUAACGUUCUUAAUCAAAUUAAGUUGUCGAUGGUGAGUGUGGCUCUCAAGAUCUCUCUAAGGGUAGAUUUCCUCUGCCGCGUAAUUGUGUUUUACAUGCGUAAAUAGAUGUAUGGAAGACAGCGCGUAAACGUAACAGUCGAGCGAGAUUUUUAAUUUAAGCGCGGCCUUGCAUACAUUGUUUCUAAUUCAUUUACGCGCCUAUGCGCACUUAAAAAAUUAUGCGACGGUAGAAAUCCACCUUUCUAUUGGAUCUACAGUCUUCAGUCUCAAAAUAUUCUUUGGAAAAUUCGAAUACUUCGCACUUCUAGCCGAUCUGAAUCCUCCAUGGCCUUAUUAUUUCACCUCUAAACAAUUAUUGGAUAAGGUUUUUGUGAUAUCCGGAAUAAUCAAGGUCGAGGUCAGUCUUAUCAGCCGAGCAGUAGACCGAAGCUGAUAAUACUUACCGAGACCUUGUUUAUUCAGGAUAUCACAAAAACUGAAUCUAAUAAUUGUUUUAUUAUACAUCGUUUAGAAGAAAAUAACGACAAACACCGUCGCAAGGAACCUGAAUUGAUAUUGUUAUUGGAAAUCAUGCAUUUCGUGCGCAACCUACAGAUUCGUCAGUUAUAUGAUAGCAGAUAACUAACUAUAGCUAAUAUGUAGGUUGUGCUGAUUUCCAAAAUUAGCUGUAGAAUCUUAGCCAAUGAGAAGACAGAUAGUGAGUACAAUGUAUAAUAAUCAGCCUAAUUAAUCUACGCAGCAGUCCACGGCGCUUAUAAACAGACUACACUGAAGAAAUAUUUCAGAAAUAUUAACUGGCGCAAGAUACUGCACUAUUUUGCCUCCAAUACUUCUCAAGUUUAAGCUACAGUAGUCUGCUACACAGCCGUUUUUAGUGUCGUCAUCCAACGCUCCUCCCCGACUAGAGCUACAGUCAAUUUACUUUUAUUUCAGGACACUUUCGUUCCUUUCGGGGACCACCGCUACGGAGUCCUUGAGUGCGAGAGGUUUUCAGCCAUUAAACUUCAGUGUAAUUCACUUUAAUUCACUGUAUGGCGAGAGUUGACUAGUCUCUUUUUUUAUCCAGAUAACCCAGAUGUUUACAGGGAUACUGCCUGGUUGUUGGAUAGAAUCAUGAUGGACGAAGGUCAGUCAGCCUAUAAUUUUUUUGCCUGCGUGGCUGGCGGAUUAGCUUUUGCUCGUGUAAGAGUUUUGCGGCACUGAAGCUGCCAUUAUCGCGCGGCUUUUGCCGCGAGAAACGAGCGCUGUCUUUUCCCAUUAUCCGCAGGGCUUCUCAGCAUCUCUGUAAGAACUUUACUCUCAGUUGCUACACGAUCCUUCCAGCUAAGCAUGCUAAUAAUUUUUAGAGCAUAUGUGCUUGGGGGACUGAGUCUAACAUUAUGCUCGUCUCAAUAUGUCUGCAAUAAACAUAGAACCUCUGCCUCCUUGCUAUCCUUGGUUACCGAAAUUUGUGUUUUAGACUCUCCUUUAUCCAUUCCUAGCUCCUGAAGUCCGUUCUCAAAAUAUCUAGGAUAAAAUAGAAUAAAAUAAAUCGCGCUCACAGACAAGCGGACCAAUAGGAGAGAACCCUGAGGACGAGGUUAAAAACUGAGCGCGAAAAAUGCAUUUGCCCUUUUCGUGUACUUUUGCCUUCUCAUUUCACCUUUCUUUGCUGAAUCGUCCUAUACAUCCAAGCAUAAGAACAGCAAGUUUUUGUUUUUCGUAUUAUUACACAGCUCAAGUUCUCCAUGACGAUGAGUUCGAACCACCCUCUGUGAAGUACAGGCAUGGAAGCGGGAACAAGCAGGAGGUAUUUUCCUAUCUAUGCUUUUAAUUAACAUACUAACAUGACUGCGGCACCCCCUUCCGUAGUGGAUUGUACUCCGUUCAAUAAUCGCGGAAAAUCUAGCCAAAAAGAUUGUCGCACUUUUAGAACCAUCGAAAUCAUACCGCAUAUGCAGAAGUUACCGGAUAACAUGCAAAGCAUAAACAGCAAUUUCUAGAUCGAAUUCUUAGCUUUCAUAUCUGGUAGGAUAGAAGUGUGUGUGUGUCAGGGAGAGCAUUUUGGCGGCGGAAUCACUGUAAGGAAAAGUAUUAAUCUGAUUAGCUGGCAGUUGGACUCGUCCCGCAUUUUUCAAUCCAACCGAAAAAAAAACAAUAGUAUCCCUGGAAUGAGCAAGUCCCACGACAUAAUCUCAGCUAUUGUGCUACGAACGGCUGUAGAGUGUGCCAAAAUUAACAGAUAGACAACAAUUUUCCACAGUCAUAAUUGCAACGUUAACUACUACGGAAGGUAUCGCCUCAUGCAAGGAAAUCCAAUACAGUCUGGGAUUCUGGAAUCCACGCCGUGGAUUUCGGAUUCCAGUUACUGAAUUUCGGAUUCUUUCGCAGUGGAACUUGGAUUCCAAAUUACAAUCGCUAGUGAGAUUCCGGAUUCCUUGUGCUGUAUUCCUGAUUCCAAAGCCCAAGACCCUGGAUUCGACUAGAAAUAUUUCCCGAAUUCCGGAAUCUGGAUCCCUAGCCUUACAUGGGGCGAAAGGUCUAAUGAGUUGAUCUUACAAUCAUUCAGUUCUAUUCUGGUUUGUUCUCAGUGCAUUAACGGAGCUAAGUCAAUCCCAUAUUAUUGUCAAUGGACUGGUUGGGUGGUGCUAAAGGAGGACGGAGAACCUGAGCAACUCAAGCUGACGGUUUCAAACAAAUACUGCAAUCGGGCUGGACAAACGAAGCCGCACAACGAAAUUGUGGAAUGCUGAUGCUCGCGCGCGUUCAAAGGUUUGUUCCCCUAUAGUUAGCUCUUUCUAACACGGACAACUUUGGAACCGGUACUUAGGGUCCGUUUCAGAGAGAUGUCCGUCUAAUAGAGCGUCAAAUAAAGGGAGUAAAGAAAGACAGGGACAAACUCCAAGGGUCCGUUUUAGAGAGAUUUCCGUCUUAUAAAGAGUCAAAUAAAGGGAGUAAAGAAUGGCAGGGACCAACUCUAGGUGCCCUUUUUACAGAGGUGUCCGUCUUAUAGAGAGUCAAAUAAAUGGAGUAAAGACAGACAGGGACCAACUCAAGGUGUCCGUUUUAUAGAGGUGUCCGCUAAGAGAGAAUCGACUGGUUAAGGCAGGGGGUGCGCACCCUCCCCCUCCCCCCGACCUUGAGAUGAUCUGCGGUUUUCUAAUACAACUGGUAUUCUGCAAAAAAAAAAAACUAUGUGGUUUAUUGGUGGUGAAGCAGAGCAAGAGACGAGUGCACCCCCUCCUAAAAGAAAUCCUGGAUCCGCUUCUGGAUAUGAGAGCACGUAUUUAACGUGCCAAAUUGCUUAAUAAACAGACUCUACAUCACGUUUGGAUUGAUUAUUAUUAGUCUCACACCCUGCUGUAUGUAGGAGGUAGUACGGAAUUUGAGUUGGAUUGUACGACUGAGGAUCAAAAUCCCCGGUCGGCGGGGAUGGGAGCUCUCUAUAAUUUUCCCUUAUAAUUACAUACAAAGGGUGUCUCCCCCUAAAGGGCUUUCUUUUUCAUGGUCAGGUUUAGGGUAGGUAUUUCUGGUAGAUGUUCUCCGCUUAGUCAUUCCAUAGGUUUAGCCAAUCAAUAAUGCAGUUUUAAAUUGGUCAGUGAAAGAGGUGCAAUGUUUCAACUGAAGUUUUACGGGGCGAAAGAGGUAACUUCUAAGCAGAACCUCCCUGUAUAGUAGGCCAUUUCCGAGUUCCCCCUGGCCUCUGUUUCAAAACGAGGGUAGAUGCUCAACCUUUAAUAUGGAAAUCAUUUUUCAUUCUCAUGGAAAUAAAACUCAUUUUCACAAGAAAGGUUGUGCACCUAGCCUCAUUUUGAAAGUGAGGGUUUUUGGAACUCGGAAGUGGCCUAAUUUUGUUGUUGUUAAAACGUAGCCCUCCCGCUCCGAAUAAAAUGCAUUACCUUUUAAAACGUCAAUUCCAGGGUCCUCUCCUACUCUUCCUCGGAGCGAGAGAGAAAGAGGAGACUAGGGACGAGUAGGAGAGGACCCUGAUUUUGGGGCUGUUUAAUUUUAGAAAUUUGGGAUUGAUUUCUCUUAAUUUGUGUAUUUUUAUUUUUCAGGUUCCAUUUUGCAUUAGACGAUGAAGGUCAAGCGGUUGUUUACAUGCACCUCAAGCAUAAAAAGUGUUUUAUAUCUAGCUGCACGACGUUUUCACCCUGUUCUUCCUUUUCGUUAUAGACUUCUACAUAGCAUCGUGAUUGGUCAAUCGUCUUUGUUACCAUAUAAGGUC